UGCAGCAGUGGCACAAUGGCAGUUGGGGUGGUGUCAAGACUUUUCCUACUCUCUGCAAUGAGUUGGUACAGCUGUGGUAACCCAAUUAAAGGAGCAGUCAUACUGGUAGUUCUUUUCUGGUUUGGGACUGAGGCAGGUGGAAUCAUGGACACUGACCUGAUGUUGAGGGCUUUUCUUCUGUCUGCCAUGAUGUGUAGUGUCUAUAGCUUUCCAGCUAAAGGAUAUAAUGGCCAACCGCAGCCUGGUCAAGAUGGAAUGAAUCCUCUGUUUCAUCCAUAUCUUGACCGCUGGUUGCUGAAGCAUGGUUGGCCAUAUACUCCAAGCUCCACUGAUGAUCAGCAGUCCGGUCAACCUCCACCUCCGGCCCCGGGGCUGUAUACACAGUCCAGCCAAGAUGUGUCUCAGAUGACCCCCUCCGCUGAAGCCAAGGGCUCCAUGCCUCAAACUAGUUCUGGAUAUGGAGCUUUUGAUUCUAAUCAGCCACUUGAAGGCCAGUUUUAUUCCCCUGCACCUGUUAAAGGAGUUCCUCAAGCAAGCCCAAUGGAACAGUUUCCUGGUCCUGUUGACUCGUAUACAUCGUGGGUGUCUGAGCCUGAACAGCCCAGUCCUGAGAUUCUAGUUAUAGCAGGUCCACCACCUCCAUCUGAGCCCAUCUACAAAGCUGGGAAACUCAUUCAGAGGGUUGAUACUUAUGAACAUGGCAAUGAAGAAUCUGAGAUCCAUGAUUCUGGAGACCUGCUGUCUCGCCCUCCUUCUCUCUCAGCCGUCUCUGAGUACGGUGUCCCAGAGACCAGUAGUCAUGCGAGUCCACCCCAGGAGGAAUAUGAUGACCAGUUCUUUCAAAUGAUCAUCACUGGCCAACUUCCACCUGGUACAGUAACUCACUUCAGUUCCACCUACGAGCAUGGCAGCAAUGCCUGGACCGAGAUUGGCUUUGAGAGGAUUCCUCCCGCCCCUGUCAGCAAGGCUCCAGGUGGCUUGAGCAAAGUGCAGAAUGUUUCAAAGACCAACACUAAGGUUCCUCAAGGUUUUUCACAGCCCCCUCAGACACACAGGAAGUUUACUGCUGAAGCAGAAGCACCCUUAAAGCAAGCCUGGUGACGUGACCUCUUCUUUAACAGGGGUGACGACCGGAAGUAUCAGGGGCCACCUCAUGGAUCUCCAUAUUUUGCUAAUUGAAUUCAAUAAAAAAAUGUUAAAUUCCAAGUUCAACUUGUCUUUCUUUGA